GCAGGGGGAGGCAGGGGCGGGGGAACGGGUUUCGGAGGUCUGGGAGGGAGAAGAAGAUCAGGGAGCAGGGAAGGUGGCCACGGAGUGGAGUGGAGCCGGUGAGGAGCCCUUCCUGUGCCAGGCAGGCAGAGCCAAAGCCGGGGAGCCCGGAGCUGGGGGGAGGGCCGGGGACAACCCGGCCCUGCCCCCUCCCCCUCCGUGUGCCCAGCAACUUCUGAGGAAAGUUUGGCAGAGCUCGCGCGCUGCCCCGAGGAUGGGCAGGGUCCCGCUGGCCUGGUGGUUGGCUCUGUGCUGCUGGGGGUGCAUGGCCCCCAACGGCUCACAGGCUCAGGAGAACCCCUUUGUGGGGAGCCCAGGGAACAUCACUGGUGCCCGGGAACUCACUGGGACCCUUCAGUGUGAGCUUCUGGUUCAUGGGGAGCCCCCUGAGGUGACCUGGCUUCGGGAUGGACAGGCCCUGGAGCUGGCAGACAGCACCCAGAUCCAGGUGCCCCUGGGUGAAGAUGAGGAGGACGACUGGAAAGUGGUCAGCAAGCUCAGGAUCUUGUCCUUGCAGCUCUCGGACGUGGGAUGGUACCAGUGCGCAGUGGUCCUGGGAGGAAGGAACUUUGUGUCCCAGCCCGGCUAUAUUGGACUGGAGGGCCUGCCCUACUUCUUGGAGGAGCCUGAGGACAGGACUGUUACUGCCAACACCCCCUUCAACCUGAGCUGCCGGGCCCAGGGUCCCCCAGAGCCCGUGGACCUGUUCUGGCUCCAGGAUGCUGUCCCCCUGGCUGCGGCCACAGGCCACACCCCCCAGCACAUACUUCAUGUUCCAGGCCUGAACAAGACGUCUUCUUUCUCCUGUGAAGCCCAUAAUGCCAAGGGGGUCACCACAUCCCGCACAGCCAUCAUCACAGUGCUUCCCCAGCGGCCCCAUGACCUCCACUUGGUUUCCAGUCUGCCCACAAAGCUGGAGGCGGUUUGGACACCAGGCCUGAGCGGCAUCUAUCCCCUCACCCACUGCACCCUGCAGGCUGUGCUGUCAGAUGAUGGGGUCGGCAUCAGGCUGGGAGAGCCAGAUCCCCCGGAGGAGCCCCUCACCAUGCAAGUAUCCGUCCCCCCUCACCAACUACAGCUGGACAGCCUCCGUCCUCACAGUCCUUAUCACAUCAGGGUGGCAUGUGCCAGUAGCCAGGGCCCCUCACCCUGGACCCACUGGCUUCCCGUGGAGACGCCUGAGGGAGUGCCUCUGGGCCCCCCUAAGAACGUUACCGCCAUACGGAAUGGGAGCCAAGCCAUCGUGCGUUGGCAGAAGCCAAUGGCACCUCUGCAGGGCACUCUGUUAGGGUACCGGCUGGCCUAUCGAGGCCAGGACACUCCUGAGGUGCUAAUGGACAUAGGACUAAAGCAAGAGGUGACCCUGGAGCUGCGGGAGGACAGGACCGUGCCCAACCUGACGGUGUGUGUGGCAGCCUACACCGCCUCUGGGGAUGGACCCUGGAGCCUCCCCGUGCCCCUAGAGCCUUGGCGCCCAGGGCAAAGACAGCCAGUGCACCAGCUGGUGAGUGAACCUCCAGCCCCCUCCUUCUCAUGGCCCUGGUGGUAUGUACUGCUGGGAGCAGUUGUGGCCGCUGCCUGUGUCUUCAUCUUGGCCCUGUUCCUCAUCCAUCGGCGGAAGAAGGAGACCCGCUAUGGAGAGGUGUUUGAACCAACAGUGGAGAGGGGCGAGCUGGUGGUCAGGUAUCGUGUUCGCAAGUCCUACAGUCGCCGGACUACUGAAGCCACCUUGAACAGCCUGGGAAUCAGCGAAGAGCUGAAGGAGAAGCUGCGGGAUGUGAUGGUGGACCGGCAUAAGGUGGCCCUGGGGAAGACCCUGGGAGAAGGAGAGUUUGGAGCUGUGAUGGAGGGCCAGCUCAACCAGGAUGACUCCAUCCUCAAGGUGGCUGUGAAGACAAUGAAGAUUGCCAUCUGCACAAGGUCGGAGCUGGAGGAUUUCCUGAGUGAAGCUGUCUGCAUGAAAGAAUUUGACCACCCAAAUGUCAUGAGGCUCAUCGGCGUCUGUUUCCAGGGUUCCGAACUAGAUGGCUUCCCUGCACCUGUGGUCAUCUUACCUUUCAUGAAACAUGGAGAUCUACACAGCUUCCUUCUCUAUUCUCGACUCGGGGACCAGCCAGUGUUCCUGCCCACUCAGAUGCUGGUGAAGUUUAUGGCAGACAUUGCCAGUGGCAUGGAGUAUUUGAGCACCAAGAGAUUCAUACAUCGGGACCUGGCCGCCAGGAACUGCAUGCUGAAUGAGAACAUGUCCGUGUGUGUGGCGGACUUUGGGCUCUCCAAAAAGAUCUACAAUGGGGACUACUACCGCCAGGGACGUAUUGCCAAGAUGCCAGUCAAGUGGAUCGCCAUUGAGAGCCUGGCUGACCGUGUCUACACCAGCAAGAGUGAUGUGUGGUCCUUCGGGGUGACAAUGUGGGAAAUUGCCACUCGGGGCCAAACCCCAUAUCCAGGAGUGGAGAACAGUGAGAUUUACGACUACCUGCAUCAGGGAAACCGCCUGAAGCAGCCUGUGGACUGUCUGGAUGGAUUGUAUGCCCUGAUGUCCCAGUGCUGGGAGCUAAACCCCCAGGACCGGCCAAGUUUUUCACAGCUACGGGAAGAUCUGGAGAACACACUAAAGACCCUGCCACCUGCCCAGGAGCCUGAUGAAAUCCUCUAUGUCAACAUGGAUGAGGGUGGGAGUCAUGCUGAACCACUUGGAGCUGCUGGAGGAGCUGACCCCCCAAACCAGCCUGACCCUAAGGAUUCCUGCAGCUGCCUCACCGCGGCUGAGGUCCAUCCUGCUGGGCGCUAUGUCCUCUGCCCUUCUACAGCCCCUGGCCCCACCUUACCUGCUGACAGGGGCUCCCCAGCACCACCAGGGCAGGAGGAUGGAGCCUGAGACAACCCUCUGCCUGGGACUUCCUCUCAGGACCCAAGCUAGGCACUGCCACCUACGUUCCCAUUCCAGACCUUACUCACAACUGCAGCUCUCUCUUCCUACCAAUUCCACUUCCAUCUCCCACAAAUCCUUUCGCUUUCCACAUCUUAGUGUCCCCGUGUGUAAAAGGAAGGGGUUGGACUGCAAUCCCUAAGCGUCCUCCUAAGUCUAACAUUCCAAGAUUUUGGAUUCUAAGGUUUAAAGAGCCUAGGUUCUGGGUUUCAAAGACGUUAUGAGUCUUAGGUUCUAAGGACCUGAAAUUCCAAAUUAUCUAAUUUUAAAGUGCUAAGGUUCUAGACAUGAAAGCUCUAAGGUCUAUAUUGGCAAGUUCUGAGAUUCUACGGCCCUAGAUUUUCCUGUUUUUAAGAUUCUUGAUAAAAUCUGUAAGUUUUGGGGUUCUAAAAUUCUGAUUCUAGGCAUAGGAUAUAAGACUCUAGGUUCUAAAAUUCUAGAAUUCUAGACAUAGAGGUUUUAAGGCCUAAUGUUCUAAACUUUGAUGUUCUAAGCCUCUUAGAGUAUAAAUCCCCUGGCUGACUCUAGACUCUAGCAGUGGUUCUCAACCUUCCUAAUGCCGUGACCCUUUAAUACAGUUCCUCAUGUUGUGGUGACCCCCAACCAUAAAAUUAUUUUCGUUGCUACUUCAUAACUGUAAUUUUGCUACUGUUAUGAAUCGUAAUGUAAAUAUCUGAUAUGCAGGAUGUAUUUUCAUUGUUCACGACCCACAGGUUGAGAACCGCUGCGUCUAGAGCAUAAGGGCUUCAAGAUUUUAUCCCUUCAAGUUCUAAGAUUCUAAUGAUGAUACCCUAGCUGGUUUGGGUCAGUGAAUAGAGCGUCGGCCUGCGGACUGAAGGGUCCCAGGUUCGAUUCCGGUCAAGGGCACAUGCCGGGGUUGCGGGCUCGAUCCCCAGUGUGGGGCAUGCAGGAGGCAGCCUAUCGAUGAUUCACUUAUCAUUGAUGUUUCUAUCUCUCCGUCUCCCUUCCUCUCUGAAAUUAAUUUUUUAAAAAAAUUUUUAAAAAAAAUAAGAUUCUAAUGAUGGUCAAUUAGAGUUUCUAAGGCUUUAUGAUCCUUGAAGCUCUUGUUAUGAGAUUCUGGAUCCUAAAGGUCUAAGAUUCUAGAUUCUGUAAUUCAAAAGUUCUAAGAAUCUACAGAUGGAGGUUCUAAAGUCUAAUGUUCUCAGAUGUGAUGUUCUAAGACUUAGUCUAAGAACCUAGAUUCUCUGUGUCUAAGAUUCAGGAUCAUAUGUUUCAAGGUCCUAGAUUAUUAAAACCUAAGAUUUUAAUGUUAAGUUCUGUAUUCCAAGGCACUCUAGAUUCUAUUGGUCCAAGAUUCUGGAUCCUCAGCAUCAAAGGUAUAAGACUCUACAGUUAGUUGUGAUUAACUAGAUACCAAAGUUCUAAUAAUUUCUAAUGUUGGACACCUUUAGGCUCUAUGUUGCAUUCUGCCUUUCUAGGAUUUUAGUUAAGGGUCCAAGAAUCCAUGAUUCUAAAUCUUAAGAUUCUAGGCACUGCAGUUCUAAAAUUCAAAUGUAAGGUUUUAAAGGUCUACAGAUCUUGAACUCCAAGGUUCCAAGGUUCUAACUUUAUAGUAUUCUUCUAUGUGACCCGCCCGAGCCACCUCUGCUUCCUCCUCCCCUCAUGUGGGGUUUGCCCCCCCCCCCCCCAAGCCUGUGCAAUGCAUUAGGAAUGCCUCCUUUCCCCAGGGGACAAUCUUCCUCCUUUUGGGCCAUGCUGCCCGCACCCUGAGCCAGUCCCUCAUAUCCCCCUGUACAGAGUGUGGACUCUGACACCUCCAAAGGGGCUUAUAUCACAUAAAACUUUGUAACCACA